UUGCACCUCGUCUCCCAUUCUUGGAGUCUUCACAAACAAGACACCAUAGAACGGGACAGUCUUCGGACAACAAACAGCACCGCCCAGCAUGGCUACCAACGAGCAUUAUGAUCUCUUGAUCUUGACAGACGCCACGGCGUCCAUGACCAGCUACCUACAAGCUCUCAAAAAAUCUCUACCCGACAUCAUUCGGCUAUCAGCUCUAACCGACUGCUUCGAUCGGAUUGGAGUCAUGGCCUACCGCGACUACUCUGCCUCCAUGUUGACAGAAUGGUCAGGAUGGUACUCGGCAAACUCCACGGCCGACGACACAAUCACACAGGGCCAGCUACUCCAAAAGGCCAGCCAUAUCAAGGCGGACUCUGGUCCUUACAACCUUGAUUGGCCCGAGGCUGCAAAGACCGGACUCGCUCGAGCUUACAGCAUCAUGCGUCCCGAGGCCACCACCAUCAUCAUCCUCUACGCUGAUGCUCCUCCCCACAUUCCUGGAACGACAACCAAGCACAGAAUUACCGAGAUUGAGAAUCUUUCUAAGCCUGAUGCCUACUACGGCUGUGGGAAGUACUUCACCGAUUGGAUCGCCGGCGCCAAGAUCCUUCGCGACGGCGAGAAAAAGGCCAAGGUCUUUUCCGUUAUCCAGGGCGGCAUCGGCGACACCGUAGCCCCCUUCACUUUUCUCUCACACAUCACGGGGGGAGUGAGCUUCAAGCUCGAUAACCGGCACCCCGAGGUCCCCACAUCGGUCGCUAUCUCAGAGUUGACCACCGGCAUCCUGAUGGCAUGGAUGGGUGUAGGGAAGCAAGGCGGCGCUGCAUCCGGCCAGCGUACCUACGCCAAAGCUUGUCAGUAUCGAACGGCCCUCAACAUCGAGGAUAUCAAAAGCGAAGAGGACGAGGCUGUCGAGUUGUACUUUUCCAUCACUAGACGCAUGGACAACACUGUCGAGCAUAACAUCGAGUCGACAUUGACUAAGCUUGAUGGACUGCGGACGGUCGUCGAAACUCGGAAAUCGCCUGUCUUGGACUUCUCAAAGAGAUACAAAGCCGACGAGUCCUACCGCAACUUCGUGGUUGACCAACUCGAAUCUUUGAUCACGGCUGAUGUUGCCACCAUUGCCAUCAACCCUGUGUUCGGUAGCCUAUGGCGAGCCGUCUGCAACGAUCGCGAAAACCCGGCUCGCGGCGGACUUAUCCAGGCGUUCGGGUCCUCUGUCGACCGCAUCCCCGAACCUGAAAAGAAGGCUCGGAUGAAGGGCUGGCUCGAAGAGUCCUACGACUACGCAGCUGAAAUCCUGGAAGCUAUCGAGAAGGUGCCUGAGCACCAGAGAUACCCCUGCGUGUUUUUCGAUCCCACUGAGCAGUUCCAGAGCUCCACAGACGACAACGACGAAGACGCAAACGCGGAUAAGCGUGCCAUUACAGAAUUUACACGAGAGGAACUCCUAGAGAUUGGUCGCUCCUGCGACAACCGUAUACUUCGGAGGCUCGGUAGGGUCCUUACACGGCUGACUUACGUGGCCCGCGAAGAGGACCUGCCAGCUCACAUUAGAGCCGAUUCCAACGUCGCUCGAAUUCCUAUGGCUCUCUCGUCUGCUGAGCAUCAGCGAAAGUUUUGGAAGGUUCUCUUACAUCUUAUACUUCCCGGGACCAUGCUGGCCGCUCGUCCAGCCGCCCUGCUCGCAGCCCUUGCCCUGCGCUUGGGCAUAUGGCCCCUCACAAGCACCGCAGACACGGAGCUCCUCACUUUCACCACGAAGUGGAACAACCUGGACGUCCCCGAGACCUGGAAUGCCAGCUGCCUCUCGCUGCUUCUAGAUGCUAACAAUGACUUUGAGAGACGGGUCGCUGAAGGCGUAACACAGCGUCCAUCUAAAGAAUCCUGCAUUCUCCUUCAUGGUGACCAACGUCUCUUUGAGACUCUGGUUGACUACAAGCUCCUCGAGUUGAACCUGAACACAAUCCUUCAGGCCAAAGUUGGAUGGCACCCCGACAAGUCUAAGGUGUCUCUUGGGCCCCUUGUCAUUUGCAAGAAAUGCGAAUUCCCCCGUUCGGUCACUAUCAUGGGGCCGGACAGCAUCUGUGGCCUCUGCCCUAAGAGCGACAAGUGUAACUGUAAGACCUGUCAGACUGCCCCGGAUCAAGAGGUCCGUCUCCGCAACAACGUGACUCACGACGAUACCGAGGAGACGGAAGCAACAUGGGUGGAGUGUUUCACGCCAACAUGCCGUGCUCAGUACGUCGUCUAUAACCCUCAGGCUUUGAACGUGAGAGCCAAAUGCUUCUACUGCCGACACCAUGGAUCCGACGCUGCAAAGGAAAAGAUCCCUCGCGAAGCUCCUUGCGUCGAAUGUUCCCAGUGUCGAAAUCGGGUCAUCUGGCCAGAGACAUACCGUCCUUCCGACCUUGAUCUUUCAGGCUUCAAGUGCCCCGCUUGUACAGCCAACAGAGUUACCGUCAUCGAUUACGAAACUUCGGCCAAGACGUUGAGCGGCGAGAACGGCGUCUCGUGGCUCCUGCGCAACGACAACUCGGCAAUCAAGGACCCCUUCAACGGCCGAUCUCUGUUCUACACCAUUUCUCAAGUAGAAGAAUCGAACCGGGAGUCGCUAGCAAAGAACGUUGAGAUUGUUCCAACAGUCCAGAAGCAAGCACAGCUCACGAUCCGUGGCAAGGCUGUCCACAACCAGGAUGAUAUUCUCGAAUCCCUUCGCAAGUGGGUGAAAUCUCGACGUACUGAGGCUGGAGUUUGCAGUCUGUGCUUCUCCAACAUCCGGAAAACUGAUCUUCGGAGGGCAUGUGGUCGCUCUGGUUGCCAUCAGCAGAUCUGCAACGGCUGUAUGAAGGAUUGGUACGGACUCAAUGCCCGUGGAAGGCUACUCAACCUCGCAGCUCUCUACUGCCCCUUCUGUCGCCGACAGCCAACCGUCAAGACCGUCUCUAGCUUUGGAAUAUCCCACAUCGGCGACUUGCAGACCGCGGCCACAGACAAGGAGUGGAUUUACAGAUGGUGCAGAGACUGCGGCUUUGCUCGGAAGUACGCCGAGCGGGUCUGCGCUGUCGGCGCACCCGAGGUCGCGGACUGGUCAUGCGAUGAGUGCAAGGAGAGCGCCCAAAGGUUGAAGGUUCGCAACUGCCCCGGCUGCGGUACAGCUACGGAGAAGCUGGGCGGAUGUGACCACAUUACUUGCACCGUCCCGGGGUGCAAUGCGCAUUGGUGCUUCGCAUGCGGUGAGAACGUUGGCGAAGCGGAUAUCUACGAUCAUAUGAGCGAUGCUCAUGGAGGUAUGUGGGGAGGUCAUGAUGACUAUGACUGUGAGGGCUGUGAUGCCUGUGAUGCCUGUGACGAGGGUGAGGGCAACGACAUUUGACAUUUGUGACCGUCGGCUUGACGACUAGUUCGAUUAUGGGCACCAGGUCAUAUAGAAUUUUACCGUCGCCCAGGGCGAUCUGGGCAAGACUCGUCCUGCUGUCAUCGGUAUAGACCUCGCAGACUCUCGUUCAGCCUACGCCCGUCGGGGUUUGGGUCUCUUGUUGCUCGUUUGUUUUGAUUCGGAGUAUGGAGUACAAAGAAUAGCAGGGGGUUUAAGAUGGGCGGAGCUUGAGAAGUGUGUUUCUGUUUCUGCCUCUGUUACUAGUCUCGUAGGGUAUCGGGUUCGUACUUAUUAAUGAAUGUCUUCUUACCCAGCCUUGAAGACUUUGAGUGAG